GACGCGCUUCCGCCCGCCGCGGGCCUAUAAGCGGGGACCCGCCCGCCUCGGCCUCCCGCCCGCCGCCCGCCGCCCGCCAUGGCGCUCGGCGAACCCGUGCUGCCGGCCUUCGCCACCUUCGCCACCUUCGCCUGCGCGGGCGCCCCGCAAGAGCGCUGGCCGCGCCCCGAGCCCGACGCCCCCGACGACGACCUGAACAGCGUGCUGGACUUCAUCCUCUCCAUGGGCGCCGACCCGGCCCCGGCCCCGGCUCCGGCCCCGUUGCUGGCGCCCGAGCUGCUGGCGGCGCCCGGCUGUACCCCGGGGCCCGCGCGCGUCAAGGCCGAGCCCCCCGACGGCGACCCCGGCGCCUACGGCCGCACCCCCGGCCCGAUGCUGGGCGCGCCCGAGUCGCCGCCGCUCAGCCCCGCCGGGGUCCCCUUUGCGCCGCCGCCCUUCGCCGCGCCGGGCUUCCCCGCGCCCCCCGCGCAUCCCGGGCUGCGCUUCCCGCCCGCACCCGCCGGCUUCGCGCGCUUCGAGGAUGCAGCCGCCGCACUACGCCUGGGUUCCGGGCCCCGCGCCCCGCUCACGCCGCCCGCGUCGCCGCUCGAGCUGUUGGAUGCGAAGCCCAAGCGCGGCCGCCGGGCCUGGCCCCGCAAACGCAGCGCCACGCACACCUGCAGCUACGCGGGCUGCGGCAAGACCUACACCAAGAGCUCGCACCUGAAGGCGCACCUGCGCACACACACAGGCGAGAAGCCUUACCACUGCAACUGGGAUGGCUGCGGCUGGAAGUUCGCGCGUUCCGACGAGCUCACGCGCCACUACCGCAAGCACACGGGCCACCGGCCGUUCCAGUGCCACCUGUGUGACCGCGCCUUCUCGCGCUCAGACCACCUGGCGCUACACAUGAAGCGGCACAUGUAGCAGCCCGGCCUGGCCCGGCGACGGCGACCGCGGCAGUUCCUCCUCCCCCCAUGACUGGUAUUUAUUGGACCCUAAGGACCGAGUUGGGCUGCGUGGCCGCAGAGGGGUCCCCCUUUUCCUUCCCUGAUGACGACGCCGCCGCAGAGCCAGCCCCAUCUGUGACCGAGGCCCGCAGGAGCAGACGCGACCCUCUUUUGACGAGUUUUGUUUUCAAAAUGGUGCAAUAAUUCCGUGUCGUCUCCUGGGACGGGUCUACACUAGAGGGCCGGUGAGCGGCCCUUGUCCGUACUGUCUGAUCCGUUUUAUAUGAUAUUGUACAUAGCGACUGUGACAGAUGUUAUUGUAUUACUGUAAAUACAGGGACAGGUGGGCGUUGGGAACGCCUGGCUGGAUUUUUUUUAUGAGACUUCGCUGUUUUUUUAAUUAAAAAUUUUGCAUCUUUGGAAAAAAAA